CUUUUUUCCUCAUUCUUAAUUUGGUAUGGCCUCAGCAAGACAAAUUUUUAGACGCUAUCAAACUUGGAUGUGAGUGUUUGACUUCUUAUGGAAAGUCGGUAUUCAUGCACUAUUCCCAAUUAAUUCUUGAUUUUCCUCAACAAGUGAACGCGAGUAGAAUAGAACACGCCCCCAACUCGAAACUCACCAACAAUAACAUCAGAAGAAUCGAGAAACCCCAAAAGCAAAAGUAGUAAAGCAUUACAUUUUGCUACAACUGUCCAUCCGGGAAAUUGAAACAAGAAGCAGAAUCCAACUUUAGCUAGAUGAUGGAAGAAUCUGAGACAUACCCAAAAGAAUGUCCAAGAAGAGCCAGUGCAUCUUCUAGUUCACUUGCAACAACGAGUGUCCAUGUGACUGCUUUGGAUGGGUUAGUGAAUGUGAACUCGCUUUUCACCAUUGCAGUGUUUGUGGGUCUCUCUCUAACCACACCUGGACAGAAAAGUCUCGAGGACCGCACAGCUUGUGAUGUUGGCAUUGACAUCGUUAAGAAACUGUUGGUUUUUGAGGUGGUCUCAUUUAGCUUCUUUCUCUUCUCCUCACUUGUUGCACAGGGACUCAAAUUGGCAAUUAAUCUCUUGAAUAGCAAAGAUGUUGAUGAGGCUUUCAGGGCACACAUCAAUUUGAAGGUGCUUAGACUUGGAAUGAUGGCCUCUGCUGUUGGAUCCGUAAUGGGCUGUUUGUUCUUGAUGCUUUCAAUUGUUAAUGUCAUCCAGAUUCGCCUUGGCAUGUUAUCCUGUGGAAGGUAGAAAUAGAGAAGCUAAGCUGCAGGGUAGAAAUAGAGAAGUUGAUACGUCAUUUUUGUUGUUGAAUGCUUUAGAGUUAUCUGGAGACUGCUGAAUCAUGCUUUAGUAAUAGUCUUAAGGGACAUAAUUACUGAGUUUGAAACACAUUAAUUUGCAGCCACUCCAGAAACAUGGACCAUGGCAUGCAAAUUCUUAGAACAUGGACACCUCAAAAGAAAUGAUGAUGAUAGCUCAUCGAUGUCUGAGGAGGUGUAAUUUAUAGCUGCAAAGAGAAUCCGGUUAUGGAAGAAAAGACGUAAAGCAAAAGCACUUACGUCAACAUAAUUGUUGGCACCAGGCGAUAAAAUGAUAAAGAAGAUUAGACCCCCACGGAAGAUGAAUCUUAUCUUGAUAAGGGCUAGAAGAGAAAUAAAGAAUUUUGCAGGGAUGAUCCUGAAGAAAAUAAAUAUUGUAAUUCUACCCCUUCUUGUGUCUAUAAAAGGAGAGAUUGAAAUUUAUAAAAGGUAGACUACAUUUCUCUGAAUCUUUCUUUCUUAGAAAAUGUUAGUAUCUUCUAUAUGAGUGAGUAAGGAGCACUUCUCCCGUUAGAGAAAAGUAACAAAUAGUUUAUAUGGGAAUAUAAGGAAGAUCUGACUAAAGAUUUUUCCUAUAUUGUAAUGUAUUCAUGAAAUAAAAUAAGUUUAUUUGUAUAUCC